UAUACGCCGUUUUUUCUCUUCGGCGCCCUCCUCUUCUGUUUCCCGCCACCAAAGCAAAAUCCAUGGCCUUAUCCUGUGCACUCGCUACUUAUCCUGCGCCCUCUUCGUUCAGUCGGCGCUGUCGUACGCUUAGACGCCGUUCGGCAGCUCCCAGGGCCUUAUCCUGCGAUUUCUCCGCAUAUCCUGCGCACUCCUUCGUACCCGAGGUGGCGGAAGCGGUAGAUUCGUUGUACUCGGAGUUUAGGGAAGUUGACAACUUGGUGGCGCACAAUAGCACGCGGGUUCUUAAGGCAUUUCAGAACGCUAGGGUUGGAUCUCAUCACUUUGGUGGGUGCACUGGCUAUGGUCAUGAUGAAGGCGGGGGACGUGAAGCACUGGAUAAUCUCUUUGCUGAAAUUGUUGGGGCAGAAUCAGCGAUUGUUCGUUCACAGUUUUUCUCUGGUACUCAUGCCAUCACUUGUGCACUGUUUGCUUUCUUGAGACCCGGGGAUGAGCUUUUAGCAGUUGCUGGUGCUCCUUAUGAUACCCUGGAGGAAGUGAUUGGCAUUAGAAACUCUUCUCAAACUGGAUCUCUGAAAGACUUUGGAAUAGCCUACAGAGAAGUUCCACUUGCAGAAGAUGGUGGCCUUGAUUGGGAUGCUCUUGCCACUGCUGUGAGACCCCAAACAAAAUGUGCACUUAUACAACGGUCAUGUGGAUACUCGUGGCGUCAAAGCUUGAGUGUACUAGAUAUACAAAGAGCUAUCGAGAUAAUCAAGAGACAGAACCUCGAUUGUAUGAUUAUGGUGGAUAACUGCUAUGGAGAAUUCGUGGAAAGAUCCGAACCCCCAAUGGUGGGAGCAGAUUUAAUUGCUGGGAGCUUGAUAAAGAAUCCUGGUGGAACAAUUGCACCUUGUGGUGGUUAUGUCGCUGGAAGGAAAAUCUGGGUUGAGGCAGCAGCUGGCCGUCUGUCUGCACCUGGUUUAGGAGUGGAAUGUGGAUCAACUUCUGGGGAUAUCAUGCGAGCUUUUUUCCAAGGGAUAUUCCUCGCGCCCCAAAUGGUUGGAGAAGCAAUCAAGGGAAGUUUGCUUGUUGCAGAAGUCAUGGCAUCCAAGGGGUACAAGGUGCAGCCACUUCCACGACAUCCUCGCCAUGACACAGUGCAGGCUGUACAACUAGGAAGCAGAGAUCUGCUUAUAUCAUUUUGUGAGGCUGUGCAGAGGUGCAGCCCGAUUGGAUCUUUUAUCAAGCCAACUGCUGGUUUUACUCCUGGAUAUGCAUCUGAGGUGAUCUUUGCUGAUGGAACAUUUAUCAACGGAAGCACAAGUGAGAUGUCAUGUGAUGGACCUCUGAGGGAACCGUUUACAGUCUUUUGUCAGGGUGGAACUCAUUGGACUCAGUGGGCAUUUGUUCUUGGAGAGGUUUUGAGAUCCAUAGAGAAGAAGACAGAUGAACGAUCCUCACCUUAUGCCCGUGUCAAUGGAGUAAUCUCCUGAAUUAUCUUGAUUUUAGUUAUUUGAAGAAAAACAAUGUUCUUAAAUUGGUCAUGGACGCUGCACGAUGCACUACUCUAGAGAUGGGUUUGAAGAGAAGAUACUGCGAUGAAUUAUAAAGAAUAAAAAUGAGAUAACUUCAUCUUCAAGAAGAUCAGCCUGGCGGCGCUGAAGAUAGACGUUCUUUCGACGUGUUUCAUCUGACUGCGAGUUAAAGGCAAAUCCUGCUUUCAGAGCAAAUGUGGAUUCUCAAGGCCAUAUCUCAUAGGAGUCUAUGCUGGAAAGCAAUGGGUGAUUCAUAUUGAUAAAUGAUUUAUUGUUAUUUCUACAUGAAAGUUAUGUCAAUUUUUUUUGAAAUAAAUAUAAACAAAUUUAUAUAGUUUUUUUUUCUUGUCA